GCCGCUCUUCGCUUCGGUAAACGGGAAAGAAAAUACCCAUCGUGGAUUAAAAAUUAAAAAAAAAAAAAAUUCCUGUUGGUGUUGAAGGGGUGGUGAGGUUUGCCUGCGCGUGUGUUGGACUCCGGAGAGCAACUCAGAAGCCCGCGCGUGGUGUUCGCCUACCAGCCCGGCCAUGGACUGGCGGGAGGAGGGCGCAGGGCGCCGGGGCUGUUCUGGCCCUUAGCCGGCUGCUCCUUCGCCAGCUAGCCCCGCUCCAGCCCUCAGGCCAUUGGGACCGACUCUUCUUCGCCUAGACGGCGCCGGGGAGCAGAGAACCUGCGCUCCGGGUCUCCAGGAUGUGUGCGUCUGAGAUGGGGACGUUGUGGCACCAUUGGUCCCCUGUGCUGAUCAGCCUGGCCGCCCUGUUUUCCAAAGUGACGGAAAGUCGAGGGAUCCUUGAGAGCGUCCAGAGGUUCUCCCUGCUGCCCACCUACCUCCCCGUGACCUACCACAUCAACAACGCAGACGUCUCCUUCUUCCUGAAGGAGGCCAACCAGGACAUCAUGAGGAACUCCAGCCUGCAGUCCCGGGUGGAAUCCUUUCUCAUCUACAAAUCCAAGCGGCUGCCUGUUCUGAAUGCCAGCUAUGGGCCCUUCUCCAUCGAGCAGGUGGUACCCCAGGACCUGAUGCUCCCUUCCAACCCUUUUGGAUUUACCAACAAAUUUUCUCUUAACUGGAAACUGAAGGCCCACAUCCUGCGGGAUAAGAUCUACAUGAGCAGCCCCAAGGUGCAGGUCCUCUUCCACAUCGUGGGCAGAGACUGGGACGACCACAGCGCCGGGGAGAAGCUGCCCUGCCUCAGGGUCUUUGCUUUCCGAGAGACCAGAGAGGUGAGGGGCAGCUGCCGGCUGAAGGGGGACCUGGGGCUGUGUGUGGCUGAGCUGGGGCUGCUGCCCGGCUGGUUCAGCCCCCCAACAGUGGUCACUGGAAGGAAGAAGUUGGUGGAGCAGCCGGAGGGGAGUCCUGUGGAGCUGUACUACACGGUGCAUCCGGGGGAUGAGAGAGGGAACUGUGUCAGGACGGACGCAAGGAGAGGCAGUGGGAUCCAGAUGGGCCACAAUGACAUCGAUGAGUCUGGGCCCCCUCUGCACAGAAUUGGGAGUGUCUUCCUUUACCAGACCCGCAGCCAGCCCUCCCUGAGGGAACUGCGUUUGGACAGCAACGUGGCCAUUCAUUACCUACCAAAGACAGUGAGACAAGGUGACGUGCUGACUUUCCCUGUUUCCAUCUCCAAAAAUUCCACCGAAGAUCACUUCACAUUGAGGGCAAAGGUGAAGAAAGGCGUGAGCAUCAUGGGUGUGCGAGCCAGCAGCCCUUCCAUUUGGGACGUCAGGGAGAGCAGGGAUCACACUGGGAAGUACGCACCAGCUGUCAUCAUUUGUCAGAAGAAAUCUGCUGGCUCAGAAAACAGUGCGGGGGGCGCCUCCUACGAGGUCAUGCAGAUCGACGUAGAGGUAGAAGAGCCCGGUGACACGCCGCAGCUGGUCACAUGGCAGGUGGAAUACCCAGGAGAGAUCACGUCUGACCUGGGCGUGUCCAAGAUCUAUGUGAGCCAGAAGGACGUGAUUGGAAUCAUCCCUCUGGCCAUGGAGGCAGAAAUCCUAAACACAGCCAUCCUCACUGGGAAGACGGUGGCAGUUCCAGUGAAGGUGGUCUCAGUGGAGGAUGACGGCACCGUGACCGACCUGCUAGAGUCCGUGGAGUGUAGAUCGUCUGACGAAGACGUGAUUAAGGUUUCUGACAGAUGUGACUACGUCUUUGUCAAUGGAAAGGAAAUGAAAGGCAAGGUGAACGUGGUGGUCAACUUCACCUACCAGCACCUGAGCAGUGCCCUGGAGAUGACGGUGUGGGUGCCCCGGCUCCCACUGCAGAUUGAGGUCUCAGACACUGAGCUCAAUCAGAUCAAGGGCUGGAGGGUGCCUAUUGUCUCCAACAAAAGGCCUGUGGGGGACAGCGAGGAAGAGGACGACGAGGAGAGAAGGGGCCGCGGCUGCACACUGCAGUUCCAGCAUGCCAUGGUGCGGGUCCUGACACAGUUUGUGGCGGAGGCGGCUGACCCGGGGGCCCACCCAGCCCACCUGCUGGGCUCAGACUGGCAAGUGGACAUCACGGAGCUGAUCAGCGACUUCAUGCAGGUGGAGGAGCCCAGGAUUGCCACACUGCAGGGGGGACAGGUGCUGAUCGGGCAGGAGCUGGGGAUGACCACCAUUCAGAUCCUGUCUCCUCUGUCAGAUGCCAUCUUGGCUGAAAAGACCAUAACUGUGCUGGACGAGAAGGUGACCAUCACGGACCUUGGUGUCCAGCUGGUGACAGGACUGUCACUCUCCUUGCAGCUCAGCCCAGGGAGCAACAGAGCCAUCUUUGCCACUGCAGUGGCUCAGGAACUUCUGCAGAAGCCCAAGCAGGAAGCAGCCAUCAGUUGCUGGGUCCAGUUCAGUGACGGCUCAGUCACGCCCCUAGAUAUUUAUGACGGGAAAGACUUCUCUCUGAUGGCCACAUCCUUGGAUGAGAAGGUGGUCUCCAUCCACCAAGACCCCAAGUUCAAGUGGCCUAUCAUUGCCGCUGAAAUGGAAGGACGCGGUGCUCUGGUCAAGGUUGAAAUGGUUAUCAGUGAAUCGUGCCAGAAAUCCAAGCGGAAGAGUGUGCUCGCUGUCGGCACAGCCAACAUCAAAGUGAAAUUUGGUCAAAAUGAUGCCAGCCCCAACACCAGCGACAGCAGACACACUGGGGCAGGUGUUCACCUGGAAAAUGACAUCAGCAACAGAAGGCCCAAAAAGACCCUGCACGAGUGGGAGAGCCCGGAGGGACGGUACUACAGCAGUUCUUCAGUGGGACUCAUGGAAGGGAGGGGCACUGUGACAGAGAGGUCGACCUUGCGGAAGAACGACGGUGACAGCCACCUGCAGACCAUCCCCGUCGACCUCACCAGCUUCCCAGCCCAGGGGGACCUCCCCAGAAGCAACGGGGAAUUGGAUGAGAAUGACCCAAUGCAGGCAUCCAAAGGGCUGAGUGACCUAGAAAUUGGGAUGUAUGCUUUGUUGGGUGUCUUCUGCCUGGCUAUUCUAGUCUUCUUAAUAAACUGCGUGACCUUUGCGUUAAAGUACAGGCACAAACAGGUUCCCUUUGAGGAACAAGAAGGGAUGAGUCACUCCCACGACUGGGUUGGGUUGAGCAACCGGACAGAACUGCUGGAGAAUCACAUUAACUUCGCAUCCUCCCAAGAGGAGCAAAUCACUGCCAUUGACAGGGGCAUGGAUUUCGAGGAGACUAAAUAUCUCCUCAGCACAAACUCCCAAAAAAGCCUCAACGGGCAGCUGUUUAAACCAUUAGGAUCCACAAUCCUGGAUGGGAAAGAUCAAAAAAGUGAGCCCCCAACAUCCCCUACCUCAAAAAGGAAAAGAGUGAAGUUCACCACCUUCACCACCAUCCCCUCGGAUGACCCGUGCCCCACCAGGAACUCCCUGGGGCUGAGCAGUGAGGAUGACAUUAAGUGGGUCUGCCAGGAUCUGGACCCUGGGGAAUGCAAAGAGCUACACAACUACAUGGAGAGGUUACACGAACAUGUGUAAGCCACACACACACUUUGUUCUCACUCACCUUUCAGCCUUUAAUUCCAGGAUGUGUAGCAGUGGUGCACCUGGGACAGAAAUGAAAUGGUAGGACAAGAGAAGGGUGACACUGUCCAGAGAAUCUCAAAAGACAACCCCAUCCUGGCGGGAGAGGCCCCGAGUUGGCAUCGGUGCACACAGUCCAGCGUACGAUGUCUUACUUAACGUUAAGAGGUUUAUUACUACGGCAAGAUUUUUAAAACUUGGAACAAAAAGGAGUUCUGAAUCACUGAGCUUCUGAGAGCUUCCAGGGAAGAGCCGCCUCUCUCUUUCUUUCUCUUGUUAAUCAAAGCAAUUUGGACAUUAUAAAUUCCACGUGACUCCAAGAUUCAAUAUUGCAAACAACAGAAGAAAAGUGCCACUCAGGUUGGGCAUGCGUGGAUGAGCGGGAGGAAGCGUGUCAUGUGAACCGCAGUAGCAGAUCUUGCUGUGAGCGUGGUCACAGGCAGCCUGGAUCCCAGUCUGCUCCGGAGAGACACUCUUGAGUCCCUAGGGCAGAGCUGGACCAGGUCCUUGACAGACCAAGGCAGUUGCUGGUGAGGACUGAUUGGGGACAAGUGUGAAAUUCUUUGUAACUACACACCAGAAGCAAACACACACACGUGAAUCUUCUGAGCAGUUCAGAGCAUUUCUUUAUUUGUAAACUAAGGAUACUGGGCAUAGAAUUUCAAUCAGGUUCAAGGAACCAGGCUCUUCUUAGCAAGUUCACUCUGUUUAAAUUUAAAUUCCUCUACUAUAUUGCCACCUUCCAAAAUGCUGUUGGUCACUUGCAGGUAAGGGCGGGGUGGGGGGGCAAUUUCCAAUUUCCUGAGGCCCUUCCCUUCAUCCUGGGCAUUGUGUCAACUCUGUCCAUCUUUGAAAAGGCUGGCCUUUAGGGGUAGGCAGUAUUCACAGGGAACUCAGCACUGGGUAGGGUACAAGCCCUCACCUGUCUACACAGACGAGAGGGCUGUUUCCUGAUGCAUCUGUCACGGUUCUUGGUGGGUCUCCUGUCCAAGAAUUUACCCUUGAGGUUGUUGAGACAUCUGGGUGUCUGUGUGGAGGGUGCAGGGUGAGCAGAGGGGUGGAUCCAGCAGGAAGCCUGACCCCACACAAGUACAGAAGCUUCUUCACCUUGGAGGCCUGGAGGACGUGAGGCUCCGGGGCAGGUGGGGGACGUGCAGGCCGUGGGAGCACCUGGCUCUAAAGUCAGCCCGGAAAGGGGUAGCAUUGCUUAAAAUCGAAAUGACUCUGAACAUCUCCCAAAUCCCUCGGGGGUGGGGGGAGUUCCAUCUCAUGCUCACUCCAAGGCAGGGAAGGGGGUGGGAUAAUUGCCAACUAGAUAGGAUCUGAGAGAGACGGUGCAGGGGACAGGCCGGGAGAGGCCAUGCAGUUGAGCGUCUCUCUCCCUUCCUCCCUCCUCUCUGUCUUUCUCCUCUUUAGAUUUCUCCUUUCCAAUUUCUCUUUCUCGGUGUAUCUGUCUCUCUGGAUCUAUCUCUCAGCUUCCUUUCUGACUCUGUAAUUCUGUAUGUUUGCGUCUCCACCCUUUUUCCUUCCUCUCUCCCCCCCCCCCCAUAAUUGCAUUCUCCUUAGCUAACGUGUGUGCAGAUUCCACUGGUUCACCCUCUCAACCUCAGCACUCUCUCCUCCAGCUGUGGUGCUCUCAGUUUGCUCUGAGACUGGAUUCCUGCAGCCAGCACCGUCACCUGCUCCUGUCCCCAAGUUUACUUACCUUGUUUGCUGGGGUCACCCUUUUUGAUGAUAAUUCUUUCUUUUCAGCAGCUCCUCAUAUUUCUUUGCAUUCUCGCCCUCGUGGUGUUUCGUUUAAACCACAGCCGCUGUCCUCGCCCGAAUCUGUC